AUGUGUUCGAAAGCAGGUUUAUAUUCGGUGCUUAUUGUCCUGUGUGUUAUUUUUGUUGAUGCUCACCUUGUUUCAAUUCAACAAACGAGCGAUGAACCACUUGCUAUUGAUACCAUCUCACAUGUUGUACCACCGAUGAAUCGAGCAAUGAAGUCAUUUGCUCGUGCGAAUGCUUCCGUGUGUUAUCCAGUUAUUGGCUGUUUUGACAACAAUGAUCCAUAUAAUAAUGCUGCUCUAGAAAUUCCUCAAGCACCCGAAUUAAUUGAUACUCAUUUUCUCCUUUUUACACAAGAAGCACCUACAGAUCCGGAAUUUCUUAGUUACGAUGGUAAUGAUCAAUCAAUCGCAGGCUCAAAACUUAAUCCAUCACGCUGGCUAAGAAUAAUUGUGCAUGGCUUUGUAAAUAAUCGUAACAGUAUAUGGAUCAGACCGAUGGUGGAUGAAUUGUUGAAAUUGAAAAAUGACGAAUUGUCCGAUGUACUUGUCGUCGAUUGGGGCAACGGUGCUAAAUUUCCAUCAUACCCAAAUGCUGCUUCUAAUACGCGUCUAGUUGGAAAACAGAUUGGUUUACUUUUGAAGAAAUUACAUUCGAUGAAAGGAUUUGCAUACGAUAAAAUUCAUUGCAUUGGACAUAGUCUUGGUGCACAUACAUGUGGUAUAGCAUCAAAUACUGUUGAUAAUCAACUAGCUCGUAUUUCUGGUCUUGAUCCCGCUGGCCCAUAUUUUGAAGGCAAAAAUGCACUCGUUCGUCUUGAUCCAACCGAUGCCAAAUUUGUUGAUGUUCUUCAUACGAAUACCGAAAUUGCUUUUGGAUUGGGUCUCGGAUCCGGUGAAGUCUCAGGUCAUGUUGAUUUUUAUGUUAAUGGUGGGCAGAACCAACCUGGUUGUCCGUCAAUGACUACAUUGAUUGGUGGUCUUCUCGGCGGUCAAUCAGAAGCUACUUUUGAACAAUCAUCCUGUUCCCACAGUCGUGCUCAUGGAUAUUUUACCGAAUCAAUCAAUUCCGAAUGUUCAUACAAAGCAUAUCCAUGCAGCAACUAUAACAGCUUCAUGAGUGGUGAAUGUCUCGUCUGUCCUGAAUCCGGAUGUGGUCAAAUGGGCUUCCAUUCAAUUUCUUCACCUGGUCGCGGUAAUAUGUAUUUAACGACGAAGAGUGUUUCGCCAUUUUGUGGUUACCACUACCUCAUUGAAGUUACCCUUGAUCAUAAUAUUGCUAAAACAAGCGGAGAGAUCUUCGUGGCAAUUCAUUCAAAUUACGAAAUGUUAGCAAAUGUCAGCGUGACUUCGAAAUCCAACGCGGAUAUCAAAGCUGGUGAUGUAUUUCGACAUAUGUUCAGUUACAAAGCUGAUUUAGGUCAGGUUGAUUAUGCCAUUGUCUACUUCAAUAAAGCAAAAAGCUUGUUCGGCUGGGGUGGUCCGAAAGCAGAUGAAAUCGUGGUAUCCAAUCUUCGUCUGAAAUCAGUUGAAGACCCGAUUGUAUACACUGGACUCUGUGGUGCCAAGACAAAAGUAGCGGCAUACACAUCUGAAACAAUUUUACUUAAUCGUGAUGAUUGCCGACAUUAG